AUGACAUAUAGGUACAUUCUUGUUACACAAAUUAAAUUGAACCAAAAUAUUUUUAACCAAAAUGAUUGAAAAGUGAUGUCUGAAUUUAGUUUGUUCAUUUUACUAUUAUAACAUUCAAAAUGAGGACUAGAAGUAAUUCCGGAGUUCGUUUAGAUUAUUAUCAAAGAGUGGUACAUAAAUUAAUUUUAGAUCACCAACAGCCUGUGACCGGAUUGUUCCCAGCUAGUCCUCACAAUGAUCAUGCCUGGAUUCGCGAUAAUUUGUACUGCAUAUUGGCUGUUUGGGGCCUAUCAAUGGCGUUCAAGAAGAUAGCAGAUCAAGACGAAGAUCGUGCUAAAACCUAUGAGUUGGAGCAAAGCUGCGUGAAGUUAAUGAGAGGAUUGUUAAUGGCUAUGAUGCAGCAAAAGGAAAAGGUAGAGAAAUUUAAAAGUACUCAGAAUCCAUUGGACUCUCUCCAUGCAAAAUACUCUUCAGCUACUGGACGUACUGUCGUUAAAGAUAAUGAAUGGGGUCAUCUUCAAAUAGACUCUAUUUCUUUGUACUUGCUUAUUCUGUCUCAAAUGACUGCAUCAGGACUUCAAAUUGUUUUCUCUUUAGAUGAAGUAGCUUUUAUUCAGAAUCUUGUAUUUUACAUUGAAUCAGCAUAUUGUACGCCUGAUUAUGGAAUUUGGGAAAGAGGUGACAAAACAAACCAUGGUUUGCCAGAACUGAAUGCAAGUUCCAUUGGAAUGGCCAAAGCUGCUUUGGAAGCUAUGAAUGAGUUGGAUUUGUUUGGAGCUCGAGGUGGGCCCUCCAGUGUCAUACAUGUAUUAGCAGAUGAAGCACAGAAAUGCCAGGCUGUGUUACAGUCAAUGUUGCCUAGAGAAUCAAAUAGCAAAGAAUUAGAUUCUGGACUGUUGUCUAUUAUAAGCUAUCCAGCAUUUGCUGUUGAUGAUCCAUACUUGAUAACUAAAACCAGGGAGACAAUUGUUUCUAAGUUACAAGGCAAUUAUGGAUGCAAGAGGUUUCUUAGAGAUGGUCAUAAGACACCUAGGGAAGACCCUAAUAGACUUUAUUAUGAGCCAUGGGAAUUGAGAAUGUUUGAAAAUAUAGAAUGUGAAUGGCCUUUAUUCUUCUGCUAUCUAAUUCUUGACUACUGCUUUCAAGGGGAUAAAGGAAAUUUAAAUGAGUACAUGCAAAAGUUAGAAAAUAUAAUGAUAAGGAAAGACGAUGGGAUUAAGUUAGUUCCGGAGUUGUAUGCUGUGCCAGCUGACAAAGCUGACCAGGAGCAGUGUGACCCGGGCAGCCAGGAGAGGCUGCCCCUUGGACGGUGUCCAUUUAUAUGGGCACAGUCAUUGUAUAUUUUAGGGAAACUGUUGCAAGAGGGUUUCUUAGCAGUUGGUGAAUUGGAUCCUUUAAAUAGAAGACUCUGCUCAGAAAAGAAGCCUGAUGUGGUUGUGCAGAUUGUGAUACUUGCUGAAGACAAUGAGAUAAGGGACAAAUUGCUGGAAUAUGACCUGCAUGUUCAGACUAUUAAUGAAGUAGCUCCUAUUGAAGUACAGCCAGCAAGGGUUUUGAGUCAUCUUUACACAUAUCUAGGUAGAAACAAGAAAUUGGGAUUGUCUGGACGAAAAUCCCGCGAUGUGGGCAUUCUUAGUACAAGCAAACUGUAUUCACUGAAUGAUAGGAUUUUUGCUUUUACACCACAGUUUUCUGAUAUGAAACGUUUCUACAUUGCUUCCGAUUACGAACUGAUGGUUGAUACACUCAAAGCUGAAAUUAAUUUCUUGAAGUCAUCUUGGCAAAAUCUUCUCGGACGCCCGCUUGUUGUCUUGACAUUGAAUCAAACGUAUUUAGACCAAGGUAGAAUUCCGAUGGCAAUGAUAACGACCAUGAAGAAACUCAAAUCAGGCUAUAUAAACGGCACCAGAGUGACUUUGGGCAAUUUGGGAGAUUUCUUGAACACUUCUGCCAUAACGAAUCUUAGUUUUCUGGGCAGUCAAGAAGACGGUUAUCCUGACAAACUAAACCCUCAAGUCCAGAGCUACCUAGAGGAACACCUGCUGAAGUCGUUCAGCAACAAGCUGAGCGUGCUGUCGCGGCCCGCGGGCGCCCGGCACUCGCGCGCGCUGCGGCGCCGCAUGUCCGUGCGCGGCGCCAUCAAGAAGACCAGGUCCAUCAACGUGGACUCCGAAACCCUAGGCAUGGAGGGCGAGUACGCGGGGCCCCCACUGGAGAGGAAGCCAUCUUGGCUCGACGUCGAGCACAUUCAGACCGCAUUUGCUGGACGUAGCCCCUCCCCUGAAGACGCAAGGAAGAAGGCCUUUACCAAGGGUACUUCAACAUCAAGCUUAGGAAUUACCACUCCAACUAUAGAAGUGACGAAAGAAAGUACUCCUUCUCCACCAAAAGAAGAAGCUUCAGUGAACAAGAACGUCCAAUCGAUAUUACGAAACCGAGUGCAGUCAGAGAAUCAGAACUUCUACGCGGAAACGGAAACGGACGAUCUGCUGGCCACUCUGAGGGAGACGGAGAGCUUGGAUGAGCAGGGAGACAUUCUGCAGUACCUGGUCGAUACACAUGGGCUCGAGUUCAAUACAGGCAUGCUGGAAAAUGGUAAAAUAGUGACAGUAAAAGACCUUCUGAAGGCGCUGUACGAAAAAGCGUGCACUCAGAAGCUGUGGGGCCUGGUGCGGCACUCCGCAGGCAUGCUCGGAAAGCGUGUAGAAGACCUCGCUAAAGCGGUGACGGACCUGCUGGUGCGGCAGAAGCAGAUCACGGUGGGCAUGCCGCCCAACAACGAACACACCAUCACCGCGCCUCUGCCCGAGAACGAACUGAGGCAGCUCAUACAUUUGGCUUACGGAGACGACGAGAGCACAGCGAUGUUAACUCAGGAGUUGCUGGUGUACCUCGCCAUGUUCAUCCGCACGGAGCCGCAGCUGUUCCUGGAGAUGCUGCGGCUGAGGGUCGGCCUCAUUAUACAGGUUAUGGCGACGGAGCUGUCUCGCACGCUGUCUUGCGAUGGUGAGGAAGCUUCGGAACACCUUCUGAACCUGUCGCCUUUCGAGAUGAAGAACCUUCUCUACCACAUCCUCAGCGGCAAAGAGUUUGCUAUCAACAGUGCAAACUCACUAUAUGUAAUAAAGGAAAAGAUCGGUAAAAGUAAAGUAGGUCGCGGCAACUUCUCGAUCGUGAGCAACAAAUCGACCCGGUACGGGAAGAAAUCUCAAAUCGUGUUGGAAGGUCAAUCUCUUCAGGGCACCAUUGACGAUAUAGCGCCGAUAGCGGAGCCGGACCGACAGGGCCAGUGGCUGCGGCGCCGUCGUCUCGACGGAGCCCUCAACAGAGUGCCGCGCGACUUCUACCCGAGAGUCUGGGCGGUGCUUGAGAGGUGCCAAGGAUUAAUAAUUCAGGGCAAAGUUCUCCAACCGAAUUUGACCCAAGAGAUGACAUCCGGAGAGUUGAAAUUCGCACUCGCCGUAGAAACCGUAUUGAAUUCGAUCCCGCAACCGGAAUACCGACAGUUGAUGGUAGAGGCUCUUAUGGUGCUGACGUUAGUGGUCGAGUACAAAGCUGUUAGUCACUUGGGCGGCGUUAUUUACGUGGAAAAUCUGGUGCAUAAGGCUAAUCAAAUCUUUUUGGAAGAUCAGAUGCGCUGCAGCGGCGACGCGACGCUGUGCUGCGCGAAGGCCUCGGCCGGCGGGCAGCGCACGCUGGUCUGCGGCGGCGCGGCCAGCGUGUGCCAGCACCUGUACGACAGCGCCCCGAGCGGCUCCUACGGGACCAUGACGUACCUCGCGCGCGCCGUCGCUGCUCUGCUCUCCGAACGCAUCCCUAAUGCUGACCCCAUACAGUGCGCUAUUUCCUGAACACGCGAACAUAGAGAAAACACUCCUAGCGUGUACGAACUACGCCAUUCUCGUCAAAUCUGCAUCGGCGUCAUUGUUUUGUCACAUAUGUUUACAGUCUUAUCAAAAUAGCGCUGUUUGACAUUGAUUGACUGUUAAGUAUAAAAUGUUAUGUACUGAUUGAUAAACUGCUAAAUCUAAAUAUCGCCUCAGUUGACAGAAAUUUCCUACAGCAGAAAAUAUUUUAAAACGUAAAAUGCGUAACCAAACGUAUUCACAUCACAGCGAAAUCUAUAAAAUAUCAUAGUUUCUAAUUCAGUUUAAAAUAUUUAAAUAACAGUUUGUGUUGAGGAAGAAUUAGUAGUUAACACAAACUGCAAAUAACAUGGUAAAUUCAUGAUUUCUGUUUUACUCUAUAUUUCAUUCUUGCCCAUAACAAAAUCUUCAUGUAUCAAACCUUAGAGAGCACUUGUGAUUUAUUUCGUUUUUAUAUUUAUUUUGUUUGUAUUGUAUUUAAUCUCAUCAUAUUACAUAUUAUUUUCAACACAAUUUUAGAAUGGAUAAUAGGUGACUUUUUUUAUAUAGAAUUAGGAGAUUAGAUUUUAUAGCAUGUUUUGAAAUGUUUUAAAAUUUAACAUCAAAUUGCAGUAUAGAAAACAAUGUUCAAGCACAAUAUUAUCCGUUUAUUCAUGCUACAUUGUUUUAAUGUAGUUCAAUAAUUUUGUUUGAUUUAUUCAAAUAUGUCCUUUUGUUGUUCUAUGAAAUAUGUGCCCAUAUAUACAUAAUAUAAAAUCAAUUAUUACAGUUAAUAAAAACAAUUGAAAAAUCAGAA